GGGCGGCCAGAGAGUAUAUAACGGGGUGGCGACGGCCGGGCGAGACCACUCCCCAUCCAGACGUCGUAGGAGCGAGUACCGAUCAUAAUGAGGAUACUUGCCGCAGCCUUCCUUUGUGCCACGGCGGGCAUCGCCGCGGGACAGUUCGCUGACCCAUGCAAGACCAAGACGCGGACCUCUGCCCACGAGGACCAGUGUGACCUGUACUAUGAGUGCUUCAACGGACAGCCGGUACUGCAGGAGUGUCCUAACGGCCUCGUGUACCACGGAAAACGAACUCAAGGACUCUUUGGCGUGUGUGACUACGACUUCAUGGUGGACUGCACUGGCCGACCUGCCCGGAGUAAGUAGUCACUCUCCUCACCUUCCUUCUCCCUUCCCCUCCUGCCACGCCCCAGGCUACGCCCAACACCUGGACCAGCCCAACCCGUGUGACUACAAGUCUGGCAUCAUCGGGGACAUCACUUACUGCGACCGGUACUGGGAAUGUGUGGUGGGCAACCCGCAGCUGUACGACUGUCCCAAUGGUCUAGUCUUCGUCGGGAGGAACAGGGGAAUCGCAGAGGGCUGUGACUAUCCUUGGCGGGGUGCUUACUGUGACGACAAGCAGCUGGCCAACCCACCCAUCUCAGGUGACCACUGUGACUGGCUGUACGGCAUCUUCGGCCACGAGACCUCCUGCACCCGCUACUGGACUUGCUGGAACGGCACGGCUGCUGAGCAGUUCUGUAUCGGCGGUCUGCUCUACAACGAGGAGAGCCACUCUUGCGACUGGCCCCAGAACGUGGUUGGCUGCCAGAAGCACCCAUUGUGCAAGGACGACCCUAACGCCAAUGUACCCCUUGGCAAGUCGUGCGAGCGAUACUGGGCCUGUCAGGGUGGCUACCCACGCCUGCAGCGGUGCCCCGCCACCCUUGUGUUCGACAAACGCUCUCGCCGUUGCGUGAACCCGCCUACCGAGGAUUGCGAGGCGCCCACCACCACCCCCGCUCCGGAAGAGUUUGUUGACGAUGCGGACUUCCGUGGGGGAGCACCCCCUCCGCCCCGCCGCCGCCGCCCUUCUUCCUCUCUAAACCAGGGACCCCAGGAUCAGGGCUCCUUCCUCCCUAAUAAUGCCCUUCCUUUCCGUCCCUCAAGCCCCUCAGAUUCCCGACCCUUGGGCCCGCCCCUGCCUCAGGGUGGCAACUUCCGGGAAGCACCGAUUGACAAGGCCGUGCCCCUGAACUAAAGUGUCGUGUGAGGGCGGGCUAAGGGCUACCCGCCGUCCCGCCCGUGUCCCUCCUUCGGGUACAAACUCCCUCACCCAAAGAUCGCCCGUCCAGGGCAGCCUCCCCCGCGGGACGCUGUACAUAGUCCUUCGCAAAGUAUUAUGUCCGCCGCAUUCUUCCACUUAGGCUUAGUUGUUAUAAUUCUGUUUGUAAAUAAAUUAUGUUAAAAAUA